UCAUAGAAGUAGAGCUGUCUGCCCGCUAAGUCUGCACUGGAAACAUUAUUGGAUGCUCCUUGGCAACACCAGAUAGCCUUCAGACAGAGAUACCUCAAUAAUAGCUAGACCUAUAGCUAGACUAAAGAUUUGUUUAAUUGGCAAGGCUACCACCCACCCCUCUACCAGUGCAGUAUGGCUGAGCCUAUGAAACGUCCAAGCACUCGAGAAAGAAGAGCGGGCUCUGCAAAAGCAAGACUCACUCCAGACACAUCUUUGUUAGCUGCUGAGAGACAACAGUACAUUGUCAAAGAGGCAAGGGAAAGGGCUAAGUCUGCAAAGAACAUCAAAGACAAGCACAAGGCAUCUGCAAAGAUGUUUACUGGAGGCUCAGCAAAGAGCAGAUUUGCUACAAUGUAUGCUACAGACUAUGAUGGCACCUUUGUGGCCCCAGCAGAGCCAAGACCUACUUCUCCAACAAGGAGAAACAAUCCUCAUCCUGGAAAGCAAUUUAUGGUGUGGAGGAUUCCCACAAGAGAUAUAGGAGGGACUCCAUAUGAAGAAGGCCUUGAGCUACCCCCUGAGUACAUUACAAGGAAUGAAAAUUUUGAUGCCAUUGAUGAGAUUUCUGGGAACUUGGGAGGCCUUCGUCUACCACCUGCUCGGCAAACAAGUCAGGAGUAUGGUGCAUACCUUCGCAAGCUCCCUCAAUCACAAUAUCAAGAGCCCCUCAGACCAAGAGUGAAGCCAGUGUCAAAUGAGGUACUACUGCGUACUGUUGCUGGUGGCAACCAAGACGCUUUGGAGGAUUGGCUCGACACAGCUUCACCUGAAGAACGACACACAGUCCUGAAGAUGCUCAAAUCAGCUGAGGAAGCUCAAGUGAAAGAUGCUAUAAACAGUGUGAUGCAACCAACAGCUGCUAAAGCAGUGCAUGGAUGGCUGCAGACAGCUGAUGGUAAAGAGCGUGAUGUUGCAGUCCGUCUCUUUAGCUCCCUCGGUCAGCGUCAGGGUGGUGGCAUGAGGAAGCGCACUUACUCAGAGCCGGGUACCCCUGAUGGCCGCCCCCUGUCACGAAAAGCCAUGCCCCCUCUCAGACCUGUCUCACAAAGCAGUUAUGGUGUUCAAGGAGAGAAACUUCGCACUCGUCGACUAAGUGCCCCCCCUGGUGCUCGUCCCAAACCGCUCCCAGCUGGCAUAUGGCAUCACCAGUCUGUCCGUGACCCCCCGCCACAAGUAUAUCACAGAGGGUCUCUCUUUGGGGGGAAAAGGGAGGACGCCUCUCACUUCACCGUACAUCCUGAGUGGCCUGACUACUAUGGCCCAAGAGACACAGUGCACUAGCUUUGGAUCUCACAAAAUGUACACAAUUUUGUAUUUAGAUAGAGAACUGUGAUAAAAUUAAAUUUACAGGUCAGCACUAAUUGCAUGGUUGAAUUGUUACAGUGUGUGUUUCAAUGCAGUGUUGUCUCAUACUGUUGUUCCUCCCCCAUCACAUUAUAAUUUUUGCAUGCAUAAUUAUUUCGUUAAUAGUUUGUGCUCAUGUGAUGUUUAUACUUAUAAGGACUGCAUGCAUGUAUAGCCAUAUCAUUGUUUAACAACAACUUUC